UGGUUGACUGACGGUUUCCUUGAGGUGUAACGCCACUGUCCUCUCUGAUGGGGCUUUAUUUUUUUCACUGUAUCCAUUGGUUCUUGAUUGGAAUAAGAAAAAAAAAUUGAACCCUUUUUUCCUUCGGCAUCUUCACCCGUCGCCGAGAUCUCGAUCUACCAUCUCCGCCGUCGGAACCAGAUUGAGAGGCUGAUGAUUUCAAGAUCUGUUUGAAUUCUCAGUCCAUUUUCGAUGUCAAUUCUCUCCGUCUAGGUUCCGAAAUGUUCUUCGAGACGAUCUUGCAAGUUUUCACCCAUAUUUUUCUAAAACGUAUAGUUAUUGUGAUACUCGGACAUGAAGUUUCUUAACGAUUCUUCUUUGAAGAAUCAUGGUACCCUUUGCAGUUCUUGUACAUGCCUGUAAAAGUGGGUCACCAAAAGUUCUGAGGACAUUGCUUGUACUUUGCGUGCCGAUCUCCCGUUCUCUUUCUUUUCGGGCUCUGCGUUAUGACAGUAUGCCAUAACAGCUACUUUCAAGAAUCUCCUCUCGAGUUUCUGACAAUGGAAGAAGACAGCGAGGCGGUUAUCAGGAGAUGGGAAGACUUGGACACCGACAUCUUAGUGAAGAUCUUCCAGAGAUUUAGCGUCUUUGAGUUGACUUCAGGCUUAGCACAUGUUUGUAGUGGAUGGCGAGUGGCUUGCUGCGAUCCCAUUCUGUGGAAAACACUCGAUCUAUCUUUUAUGAAAUCGCAUUUCAUCAAGAUCCCUUUGGAGCCGUAUGUAUAUGUGGAACGUCGCUCAGAUGAGACGCUGACUCGGGUCCUUAAACUGUCCAUGAACCUUAGCAGGGGAAGCACCACAACCUUGAUUUUUCAUUUCAACUUGUUUGUCAGCGACGAGCAACUUACUUACACAGCUGAAAGGAGCCCUUGCUUGAAACGACUAGUUCUCCCGGCAUGGAACAGGAUAAAGAAGACGGGGAUAUGCAAGUCGAUACGCAUCUGGAAAGAUCUAGAGUCUCUGACAAUGCCAAGCAUCGCAAACCCGCCAUAUCUAAUGGCGGAGAUCGCCAAGAACUGCAGGAACUUCACCGAGCUCAAGAUCAUGGGACCGUUCGAGCCAUUUUUCGCAAACACCCUCAUCUCCCUCCUCCCGGGCCUGCGAGUUCUGAGCCUCAGAUGCUCUUCCAUUAACUACGAUGCUCUCUUAGCCAUCCUCGACGGGCUGCCGAACCUGGAAGUGCUCAACAUAUCUCACUCCUAUGUCGUGGAGCCGGCGAGGGGACUGACGCAUCAGAGACGGGUGGUGAGGGAACUGGACUCGAGGAUAAUGGAGAAGGCCGCGAGGCUGAGGAAGUUCUUGACGUGUAUGGAGCUGGAGACGUGCGUGAUGUGCCAGAGGACGGAGAUGGACGAAGGGAUCGUGAGAUGGUACAAGUACGAGGAAGGCCAAUGGAAAGCCGACGAAGUGAGUUCACUCCAUCUCUGUUAGGGUUUUUUUUUUCCAGGAAAGAAAAUUGAUGAUGAUGAUGAUGAUGAUCUGUGUGAGAUAGGAUAUUGUGGCAUGAGGUUUCUGAAUCAGAUUCCGACAGGUACUCGUGUUCUGUAGUGAAACUCUUCUGAUGAUCUCAUGUAUGCUUUUUUGAUGUCUGAAUCAAUAACCUUUGACGAUUA